GCCAUAUUUGCUCUAGUUGGUGGUGCGGUGCCAUAUUUUCCAUACGUCAAAAAGAAUAUUCCUUCUUUUUGCAAAAAUUAAACAACCCUUUUUCCUCCGAGGGCCACCACCCCUCCACGGCGGUCUAAGGCGGUUCUCCACCUUCCACCGCCGUGGUUGCUAGCGUUGUUUCUUCGUGUCUAACAUUAAUUGCAAUAUUGAAUUCCCCACACCACACCAUUGAGGUUCCGUUUUCAGUUAUUUGAUAUAUCUUCACACUGAAUAUGAGAGAGCCACAAAACGAGUACGAUGAGGCGCAAAUAAUCGAUUCGUCGCCGCCAUCGUCGGACGAGAACGAGGAGCUGCAGCGAUUGGAGCACGCGCCGCCGUUCUGGAGGAACAAGAGUUCGAAGCGGCUGUCGAAGCAGCUGUCGAUGUGCGAGCUCCCCCGCGACAUCGCGUGGGAGAGGCGGCGGCGGCAGUUCCUCCGGCAGGAGCGGAGGAAGAACGACAUAAACAAAGAAUCGGAGGAUCUGACCGAUGAGGAUCUGCACGAGCUCAAAGGUUGCAUCGAGUUAGGGUUCGGAUUCAAUGAAGAGAACGGGCAGCGCCUCUGCACCACGCUGCCCGCCCUCGACCUUUAUUUUGCGGUGAAUCGACAAUUCGUCACCAGCCCCCUCUCCAGCCCCGCCAGCAACGCCACCACCCCCGCCGGCCUUGGAACCCGCUCCUCCUCCUGUGGCAGCGAUUCUGAUUCAUGGAAGAUAUGCAGCCCAGGUGAUGAUCCUCAGCAUGUGAAAACAAAGUUGAGGCAUUGGGCGCUAGCCGUUGCUUGUUCUGUGAAGCAGUCCUCUUGACUUGACCAUAGAGAGAGAGAGAGAGAGAGAGAGAGGGGAGAGAGAGAGAGAGAGUGAGAGAGAGGUUGUAUCGAGGUCAUACAUUGUGAAGGUAUGAAGUCAAUAAUUUGUAUAUCGAUUGGAACGGGCUUUCUUAUUAACAGUUUACAUGGUUAGACCGUUAGGCAAUUUUGUUUUCUAUUUUCCUUUUUCUUUUUUUUGGCCCUCCUUUCUUUUUCCAUUUUUUAUAACAUGGAAAAAAAGUAAUCUGCAUGUCCAUCAAAAUGAUUUUGAGCUAGAGUUUUAUGAUGGCGGUUACACAAUGAAUGGCUUCUUUAAGUAAUUUCAUAAAGAAGCGCCAAAUUAUAAUAUGGGCAAUUUUUUUGUUCCAUGCCCAUCUCUAUAUCUAGCUACUGUUGUAUGUUCUUUAUGUACAAGCACUUGUACUAUAUAUAAUGACUAUAAUUCAAUCUA